AGCACGGGUUCGUCAGCUCCAUCGCAAGCUGAGAAGUGAACACAUGUCUCGAGAGCGGCUCUACGCAGGAGAGUCUGGCAGUUCUUGAUCCCCCCAACAACCAUCCGACCGUCGCCUGCGCGAUCAACACAAUCAAGCAAAGAUCCAAAUGCAACCAUGCUGCUCGACAGGGUCCUCUACCCUGCCGCGCUAUUUCUGUUCGCAGUCGGCUUCUUGCCGACUGCCGCCGCGAAACCCAAAGACGCGAUCCUGCUCUCUGACGUCCAAUCUCUCACCCUCCGCGCCGACAGGGAGACGUCGCACCGCCGCGUGCCCGCCGCGCCCCAGCUGAAAUGCGUGUCGCACCGGUCCGUGUGCGGCCUGCACAAGGUGGACGUGAUGCGCUGCACCAACCAGGGCAGCUCGUACGGCGACGAGGACAUACAGUGGUCCUGCUCCGCCUCGCUCCCGCCCGAGCUCAAGCUCGGCAGCACCGAGGUCGUCUGCGAAGGGUACUCGAGCCCCCAGGACCCCUACGUCCUCAAGGGCUCGUGCGGCGUCGAGUACAAGCUCAUCCUCACCGACGAGGGCCACAGGCGACACCCGGACUUGGGCGGCGGCGGCGGUGGUGGUGACGGCGACGGCUCGCUACCCGUGUGGGUCUUUUGGGUCUUCUUCACCUUGGUCCUCGUCGUCAUCGUGUACUCGGCUUGUUUCGCCAACCAGGACGGCUACGACCCCCGGGGGCCCGACGGGCGGCGCAACUUCUGGGGCGGCGACUACUGGGGCGGUGGCGGCGGCGGUGGUGGUGGCGGCGGCGGCCGGUUCGGUCGCUACACCGACCCGCCGCCUCCCUAUCCCGGAACCAAGCCCGGCUCCUCCGGGGAGGGCUGGCGGCCCGGCUUCUGGAGCGGCCUGGCUGGCGGCACCGCCGCGGGCUACUAUGCUGGCAGCCGGGGCCGCAACAACAACACGUAUGACGGGGGCUACGGUAGCUUCGGUGGCCGUGGCAGCACUUGGGGCGGGUCUGGCGGCGCCGGGCCUUCUCGGUCCGACUCGAGUUCCAGCUCUGGCGCUCGGUACGAAAGCACCGGCUUUGGCUCCACUAGCCGACGUUGAGCGUUGUAAACCAAGGCUUGGAAUAUUCUGUCACACACGAGAGAGGCUAUUGUUAAGUGGCAUGCCAGUCCACACACAGCACAUGCCUCAAGACGUCAGGGCCCACCCUGAACACAAUGAUAUCAUUUGUGUGUUGCUACAUUCCUGUUCGUCGUGCCCCUUUGAUGGUAUCGCAAACAUGCCCUGUGGGCCUCUUUGAUUUCUAACAGAAAAAGGUAUUCGAUGACAUGGCUGGACUCGUCCCUCCCGCGCAAGCUAUUAUGGUAUUGCAUACAAAUAGAAGUACAGACGUACAAGGCAUCCAAGACAUGUGCCGCCGGCUCUUUGACCUAAUGCAAAACAGAACAGACGACGCUGGCGCAGAGUAUAAGACAACCUAUCAUGCAAAGAUAGGUCUCGAAGCGACAUUGGGCGACUUCAAUGCCCAAGGACAAAUGAUGUAUCCCCAACAAGCCGUCCCUUGGGACUAGCUGACAAGCUCCAGCCUCUCGCCUGUCCUCUUGUGGUGCUGAAAUCCACGUUCCGCCCGCUGGUGGACAGGAUAUCGAGAGGUCUAGUAUCCGCAACAUGCGUGUCCUUGUGGCGAAAUGGGCAAAAACGCCCAAGUGCCAGGAAACCGAGCAUAUUGACGCGGUCAGGGGUGAGACAAGGGUGCCGGGGUCAUUACAUGUGAAUAUGCAUGACGUCCAUCUUGUCGAAUGCCUUGCCACAGGCAGGGCAUUUUCGCCUCCGGUUCGCGACUCUGCUUUCGACACACUCGUUGCAGAAGACGUGCCCACAGGUCUUGAGAGUGACGUUCUUGAAGUUGCCGUUACAAACGUUGCAGAGCGCGAAUUUCUGAAAACACACGUGGUUAGCUUGGGCAAUCCAAAACUGCUGGAAAGGAAUGCGACUUACUCUCAAGUUUUCUUCCGAAUCACUGGACCCCCGGGACUUGUAGUUAUCCCUCUCCUUCAACGCAUGCUCAAGGCGAACUUUGACCUUCUCCAG